AUGAGUACAACACCUUCUCAACAUACACUUGAUGCUAGUUUAGAAGCAAAGAUGAAAAUUGUUGCACAAAGAGAACAACAAACGCAUUACCUUGAAGAAAGAAGAAAUCGAAAAGAAAUAUUAGAGAAUUACCUAAAGAAUUCAAAUUUGAGUGAAAAAGAUAAAAGUGAAUUAAGAGAUGAAUUAAAUGAAAAGGAAAGUGAGUAUAUGAGAUUUAUGAGAGCAAAAUUAUCACCUAAAGAUUUUGAAACUAUCAAAGUUAUUGGAAGAGGUGGAUUUGGAGAAGUUAAACUUGUUGUUAGAAAAGGAUCAAAUGAAGUAUAUGCUAUGAAAUUAAUGAAAAAGAAAGAUAUGAUUGAAAGAAAACAAAUUGAACAUGUUAGGGCUGAAAGAGAUAUAUUAGCACAAACACAUUUUACAAAUGAUUGGGUAGUUAAAAUGUAUUACUCAUUUCAAGAUGAAGAAUAUUUAUAUAUUGUAAUGGAAUAUUUAGGAGGAGGAGAUAUGAUGUCAUUAUUAAUUAAAGAAGAUAUUUUUACAGAAGAAAUGGCAAGAUUUUAUAUUGCAGAAUUAUUCCUUGCUAUAGAUUCAAUUCACAAAUUGAGUUAUAUUCAUAGAGAUAUUAAACCAGAUAAUAUAUUAAUUGGAUAUGAUGGUCAUAUUAAAUUAACAGAUUUUGGACUUUGUACUGGAUUUCAUAGAAUUGAUACUUCUAUUACAUUAAAAAGUCUUAUUGAAAAAGCACAAAAAGAACAAAUUAAAGUAGAUCUUGGUAUAACUACUAUGAAACAAAUGCAUGAUUAUAAACAUCGUUCUCGUGAUUUAGUAUAUUCUGUUGUAGGAACUCCUGAUUAUACAGCACCAGAAGUAUUUGAACGAGUAGGAUAUGGUAAAGAAUGUGAUUAUUGGAGUAUUGGAUGUAUUUUAUUUGAAAUGGUAUGUGGAUUUCCACCAUUUUUAAGUGAUGAUGCAGUACAAACAUGUUUAAAAAUUGUUAAUUAUCCAGAAUCUUACAAAUUUCCAUCAAGAUUAGAUUUAAGUGAUGAAGUUAAAGACCUUAUUCAUCAUCUUAUUUGUCCUGUCAAUAAAAGAUAUAGUUCUAUUGAAGAAGUUAAAGCACAUCCAUUCUUUAAAGGAUUUGAUUUUAAUUGUAUUGAGAAAAAUAUACCUCCUUAUCUUCCCAAACUAAGUUCUAUGUUUGAUACAAGUAAUUUUGAAGAUUUUGAAGAAGAAGAAAACUUUGAUACUAAAAUAUCACCUCAAGAUACAAAGAAUCUUGCAUUUGUUGGUUAUACAUACAAAGGAUUUUUAAAUGUGUGUAAUCCAAAUAAAAAGAAAAAUUCACACAGUGGUGUUACUUUAGAACAAAUAUUUACUUCACAUGAAAAUAAUAAAACAAAUUAG